AUGGCAUUGUCAUUUGAUGCUGCUGCCAGCGAGGGACCCGGCUAUGUUGGUAUUCGUUUCUGUCAAGAAUGCAACAACAUGUUGUACCCGAAAGAAGACAAGGAAAAUAAAAUUCUGAUGUAUGCCUGUCGUAAUUGUGACUAUCGUCAGGAAGCGGAUUCCAAUUGUAUUUAUGUGAACAAAAUUAUGCACGAAAUUGAUGAAUUGACACACAUAUGUCCGGAUGUCAUAUCCGACCCUACAUUGCCACGCACCGAAGAUCAUGAAUGUCCCAAAUGUGGUCAUCGUGAAUCGGUAUUUUUCCAGGCUCAAACACGACGUGCUGAAGAAGAAAUGAGAUUGUAUUAUGUCUGUACCAAUCAAAAUUGUACUCACCGCUGGACUGAAUAAAUGUCAUUCC